UGUUUACACCUUGCCCACAGACUGCUAACAGACUCUUAUGGUAUCAACGCUGCAGAGAGGAAAGGUGUGGCCUGCAUGUGAAGAGUGUUGGGAUUUUUGGUCAUCUCUGUUCAUUCUGCUUUCAGAGGAACGCGUCUCCACGGAUGGACCUUGUUUGAACUUGCAACCACCUUUCUCACCCUCAUUUGGUUGUCAGCGACCAUGUACAGUAGUGGCUACUCGCAGGUCACCAGGAACGGUCCAAUGGCCCAGAAGAAGAUGCAGUAUCGCUCAAAGGGCAAGAGCUGCGGCUACUACAUGCGCAUUGUCUUCUUCUUCUCAUCGCUCAUUCAGUCUCUCAUCAUUGUGAGCCUCGUGCUCUUUCUCGUCUACGGGAAGACGCAGGACUCUGCGUCCACAGCACGCAUCCAGGACCUGGAGGAGAGCUUCAGCCGACUCUCCAUAGAGAACGUGGCUCUCAGGCAGCAGAGGAAAAACCUGACCAACCUACUCAACGUCACUCUGACCCAGAAGGCCCGUAAUGACUGGGAGCUGAGGAGGUUCCGCUACUAUGCCAACGUCUCAUCAGUGAUCAUCCAAGAUUACGACAAGAAACUGCAACAAUGCUCUACCAAUUUGUUCAUGUGCAAUGCCUCCCCACGUUAUCCGUGUGACUGCACACAACGAAUUUCAGUUCCAGACAACUGUAACUGUGGGAUGUUGGUUGAGCGGCUGAAAGCCCGGCUUGAGUUGGUAGAUUCCAACUUCACCCAAACGGUGAGAAAGAUGAGGAUAGAAAUGGACCAGACAGCCAAAGAGAGGGACUUCAUCAACCUGGAGGUCAUUCGUCUGAGGAGGGACAAAUCCACACAAGAAAAGGAGUUGCAGUUCCAGAAAGAAAAAUGUAAAGAUCAAUUUUUCCAGUCUUUGAGCGGCGUCUUCAAUGUCUCCAAGGCUUUACUUGAAAAGAUAGACUCCCUCUUCCCGGUACACCUUGCCUUCCAGCUUACCUGCCCAAAACAGAGGGAGCACCUGGAACAGAUCCGCACUAACUGCACCAGCCUGUCCAGAGAUGUAGAGAACAAGCUUCAGAAUUACCUGGACCUUGUCGGGGGCCAGGUGUCCGACAUCCAGGCCGAGAACAGUCGCUUGAAGGCAGAGAACUGGCGGCUGUCUGAGGAUUACCGCUGGUGCACCCAGAACCGCACAGGCCAGAUCAAAGAGCACAAUCAGAAAUUAAGCACCCUUCAGCUGAAGCAUGAUCAGGAAAAGGAGAGACUCCUGAUGGACAAGAUGAAGUUAAAUGGAGAGAUACAAGUCCUGGAAAACAACGUCAAAUAUAAAAAUAAAGAAGUUGAUCAUCUCACUCAACAAAUCAAUUACCUCAACAUGUCCUGCAGGGCAGUAGCUGGACAAGGAGGUUUACUAAAGCCUGGGUGGGGCUUAGCUGGGGGUGGUCAGCUUGGUAGGACAAGUUCAGGUGGGUUAGGUUCAAACCUUGGCUCCUCUGGAUUAGGAUUGAAUAAAUUUGGAUCAUCUGGGUUAGGUUCUUCAAGCUCGUCCUUGUCAUCACCUGGGUCUAGUUCAAGUUUAGGCUCCACUGGGUUAGGUUUGAAUAAAUUUGGAUCAAAUGGAUUAGGCUCCUCAAGCUCAUCUUCUUUCUCGUCACCUGGGUCUAGUUCAAAUUUAGGAUCCACUGGAUUAGGAUUAAAUAAAUUUGGAUCAAAUGGGUUAGGCUCCUCAAGCUCAUCCUCCCACUCGUCACCUGGUUCAAGUUCAAGCCUUGGCUCCACUGGAUUAGGAUUGAAUAAAUUUGGAUUAAAUGGGUUAGGCUCCUCAAGCUCAUCCUCCCACUCGUCACCUGGUUCAAGUUCAAGCCUUGGCUCCACUGGAUUAGGAUUGAAUAAAUUUGGAUCAACUGGGUUAGGGUCCUCAAGCUCAUCCUCCCACCUGUCACCUGGGUCUAGUUCAAGCCUUGGCUCCACUGGAUUAGGAUUGAAUACAUUUGGCUCCGCUGGGUCAGGACUCAAUAAGCAAGGAUCAACUGGGGGAGGCUUAUCUAGUUUUGGAUCAGCCAGCUCAAAUCCAGGUCUUAGUUCAAGUGGGUUAGGAUUAAAUAAGCAAGUACUCAAUGGAAAAGGCUCAUCAACCCUUGGGACUUCAUCCUCUGGCUCAACUGGGUCAAGUCCAAACUUUAGCUUAAGUGGGAUAGGCUCAAAUAAGCCAACAUCAAAUGUGAAAAGUUCCCCAGGCUUGGGUUCAUCUUCUGGUUCAACUGGAGCGACAAGCAAAACUGGGUCAACCAAUUCUGGACUCUCAUGGUUGGGGUUGGGGUUAGGGAUUAGUAACUCAGGGCAAAGUAAGACAGGAAGUGGAACAGCAAGUGGAACAGGGAGAGGAACAUCAAGUGGCAGCAGUAAUGGUGGGACUGGUGCAGGACGGAUAAGUGGACUUGGAGGUGGCUCUGUCAAUGUUGCUCAGCACCUUCAAACUCUGCAGCUUCUCAUCAACCCACCUGGGCCAGAGGAGAAAGAAGAUCACUUCAGAAUGUAUGGUUAGUCCUUCUCGUCUUGAUGAGCCAAAUGAUUACAAAUAAUCAAAUCAGAUGUUUAUCCUUCCUUCUGUUAAACACAGCUAACUAUAUGGUCAUCAUAUUGACUUCAUGCAUUGUAUAUCAAUAUCUUUACUGUGUAACAUGUCCUGUGUCUGUUUAUAAUCUAUAAGAGCAUGUAUAAGAGUAAGUGGAAUAACGUUUGCACUUUUGAACGUGAAAUGUAAAUUGGUGUUACUGGUUUCUGUGUGCACAUGUGCACACUGUUAAAGCACAGGUCGAACUUUAACAGUGUAAAUAAAUCAAACCUUUGUAUUAACGUAA